UUUUACUGCAUUUAAUAAUCUUCACACGCCAAUCCUCCACUAGGACCACCACUUUUUUCAACCUCUCUCUCCCACUCACCAAAAAUAUCACCUCUUUCAUUAUUCCCUCUGAACAACCGAUUCUGCUGUGGGUUUUUUUAUUUCAUUUUCUUCUUGAAAGGGGUAGGUGUCAUACAUAUUAAAUUUAUUGAGCUUAAGAAGUAGAUCAACAUGCCGUGGGUAUCUCCGAAUUAUUUUGGGAAGCGUCUGCGAUUGGUUGUAUUCUUUCUCGUUAUCCUAUAAAUCAAUUCCAUUUGACAAGUUUUUUUGAGCUGCCUUAUUUUGGUCGACUUGUCUACUAGCUAUAUUUUGUCGUGGUGGGUGAAGUGAGAAGAAUGCGCAUUGCUGUCUCUCGAAAGAAAAAUCAGAAAGCAAAACAACUGGCACAGAUUAAUAUGAGUAUUGGAAGCAUUGCUUUUUACCAAUUGAUGCAAGUUAGACAGGCUGAAUAUUUCCGUCAGUUGCUUAAGCCUGUUACGUAGUCUGGGCAUCAGAAUUGACAUUUGUUAUCAUUUGGUUGGGUGAAAUCAAUUUAGAACUGAUAAAAGUCUGCCCCAUUUAGCCUUGAUGGAUACAACUUAGUUCAACCUUUAGCCUUUCCUCAAGAAUUUAUUUCUUUUCCCCAAAUUCUGUCCAAAACUGAAUCGUUAUCAUUACAAGCCACUUCGUAUUUGUUUCCUGAAAAACUUUCUAGACAAGCUUUCAUGCAUAGCAACCUGCCAAACUUCCCUGAAAAGCCGAUGCCCCCUCUUGGUGAUCAAGUGGGCUAUUGCACGCAAAAUGCUCAUAUGGCUUCUCUCUUUGAUGGGCUCGUCGCCCCCGACAAUAUCAAACCCCGUAUGCCUUUUGGCAACAUUGAUAUACAACCCACCGAUGCCUGCCCAAGAAACUUCAUAAUCUUCGACCAAACCAAGAACCGAAGCCAGAUAAUGCUCCACCCGGAGAUAAGCUCCAAAAUGUUCUAUCCCGGUUUUGGUGUCCAUACGGCUCUCUUCCAAGAGACCGUCGGUCUAAAGGCUUCGAAUGACGAAGGAGAAGCUACGACAUCUCAACCGAAAGAAGAUUCGGAUGACAUUGAUGCUCUUCUAGGUACGGAAUAUGUAGAAGAAUCCGAUGAUGAAGUGAGCACAGGGCGAACAAACGGCGUCUACGAGUGCAGCUCCCCGGAUUCGUGCUCGAACUACGAGUCCGUGUCCAAGAGGAGCCGGCCCCUGUUCAAGAAGUCGAAUGAGAACCGUGGCAACGACAAGAAACGCCAGAAAGUGAGGAAAAUGGUGAAGGCGUUGAGAGGGAUCGUUCCCGGUGCUAACAGGAUGAGCUCUGUUGCUGUGCUUGAUGAAGCUGUCCGUUAUCUGAAGUCCCUCCGCGUGGAGGUGAAGAAGCUCGGAGUUGGAAGCUCGAAUGAGUAGAGCUCGAUCGAUUGCCAGGUCAGCUGACAAGAUCAUUUCUUGGUUUAAUGUCUUAAUGCUAAGCAGCAUAUUUGCCUAUAAAUUUGUAGCCAAGAUUUCAUAUUCUUGGCCAGCAAAGAUUUGCCAUAUCUGUUGUUUAAUAAUUAUUGUGGAAUAGUGUUGAUGAUUAUCUAGUUGUAGCUUUUGAUGGAAAUAUGCUAAAUUUUCAGUUUAGUAUGUUAUUUCUGUAGCAGUGUUCUUAAAAAGAGUAACUUUGUAAUCUUGAACUUGCAGCUUGUUUAUACGAUUAUGUAGCAAUGCUUCUUUA